UUGUCAGAAUUGUUGAAUCAAUUCGAAUACAUUCUCGAUUCUGAUCCCCUCAUCAACGAAGUAGGGUUCAUUCACCCUUCGAAAUUUGCGACAUUGGAGAAAGAUUCUGAAUCUGGUAGCUCACGAUUGAAAGCCUCGGAUGCGCUGGAUGGUGGAGAUGGGAGCUUCUGGAUUCGAGAUCACAAACUGGGCAUUUCUUCGGAGGUUGUUCUCCGAUUGUACAAGGCUGCCAGAGAACAAUUCAUGAAUGCAAUUGCAGAAUACAAGAAACUCGGCGACCUAUCUCUUCCUUCUGCUGAAGCUCUAGGAAUUGUUGUUAUGAAAUGCAGCAAAACACUUUUGUUGUUAAACUAUGAUUUCGGGACUGCUUGGAAUUCCAGAAAGUUAAUCUUAUCAAAUAAGACACAAGCGUCGAUGUUCACAUACGAGCUCCGCUUAUCUGCCCUUGUUCUUUCGUAUUCAACCAAGAGCGAGCAAGCAUGGAGCCAUAGGAGGUGGGUGAUCAAGAAUAUGGCCAGAAAUCUUACAACUUUGCAAGAGAUUUUGAGGGAAGAAUCUGACCUGGUGGAGAAGAUAGCAGAGAGAUCAAAGAUGAACUAUCGUGCAUGGAAUCAUCGCUGCUGGUUGGUUUCUUACAUGGAUAGAGAACAUGUGAUACACGAACUGAAGCAAUCCAAAACGUGGGCUAGGUUACAUGUUGCUGAUCAUUCUUGCUUUCAUUAUCGCAUGCGACUAAUCAUUAGAAUUUUAGAGGAUUGCUGCCGUAAGCAAGAAGAGGGGUCUUGUGAUUCUUGUGUUGAAGUUUAUCUGAUCUGGCAGGAGGAGCUUGACUGGAAUGAAGAAUUAAUAAAGCGUUAUUUAGGAAGGGAGGCUCUAUGGCUCUACCGUCGCUUUCUCUCCUUAUCAUGGAUAAGGCAUUUCACAAGCGAUGUCAACGACGUGUUUUCCCCACAAAAAAGCCAAUCUAGCAUCCAAGUGAACGUCAAUGCGUUUUUAGAUAAGGAGUUGCUCCUCGUCAAUUCAUGCUCGGAAGGAAGUGAUGAUUAGUUUGAAGAUUUUGAAGAACAAGCAAUUUGUUCAGCAUCUUACAUGUUAUGGUUGACAAAGCAAAUCCCUGAAACCCAGAAGUUAGAACUGAGGGAGAAGAUAGAGAAUGAGCGCUUGGACGCCAUGUUGAAGUUGGUGUCCCUGAGAGGUCCUCCAUUUGGGGCUAUCUAAGAUUAGUAAGUCUAUUUGGCUGCCAUGUACACUGGAAGUGGAUGGUAUUAAUUUGUUGGACGAAUUGUCAUUGAAUUGAACCGUGUAAAGGUAACAAAUUACAGUAACAAAUUACUGAAUAGUUGUCCACUUAAAAAUGAUCAUGAUUUCGAUCGUCUUUGUUUUGUCAAAAGACUCAAAACAUGAAUGGGUGGCGUUGCAGUUACAGAUGGAAGAAUUUAUGUUACCCUGAGUCCCAUUCCUUUUCGCGUGGUAAGUACAAGGCCCAGUCCAGCAAAGCAGAACAUGAGUCGAACACUGCAUUUUUGGGGGAUGACGGGAAGGGUAUGUGCUUCAGCAAUGUUCCCAUGCUAAAUCUCUUCUUCGACCUUUCGUACGUACGGGCACGACUGUAUUUAUUGAGAGAGUUACAAUUUACAAACAAACGCAAAUUGAACAGUGUAAAGGUAACAAACUACAGUAACAAAUAACUGAAUAGUUGUCCACUUAAAAAUGAUCAUGAUUUCGCUCGUCUUUGUUUUGUGAAAAGACUC